AUGGAGACGGGGUUGCUGUGGUUCUGCAACUGGAGUACACUAGGUGUCUGCGCCGCGCUCAAGCUGCCGCAGAUCUCCGCCGUGCUGGCGGCGCGCAGCGUGCGGGGCAUCAGCCUCCCGAGUUUACUUCUGGAGCUGGCGGGGUUCCUGGUGUUCCUCAGGUACCAGCAUUACUAUGGUUACCCACUGCUAACCUACCUGGAAUACCCCAUUCUCAUAGCACAAGAUAUCAUCCUCCUACUCUGUGUCUUUCAUUUUAAUGGGAAUGUGAAACAGGCCACACCAUUCAUCGCUGUAUUUUUGUCUUCUUGGUUCAUCCUCACACUGCAGAAGUGGAUCAUAGAUCUGGCCAUGAAUUUAUGUACCUUCAUUAGUGCAGCCAGUAAAUACGCUCAGCUCCAGUAUCUGUGGAAGACAAGGGACUCAGGAGCUGUGAGCGCCCUGACAUGGAGCCUCUCUUCUUAUACUUGUGCAACAAGAAUAAUAACAACUUUAAUGACCACCAGUGACCUUACAGUUCUUGUACGUUUUGUGAUCAUGCUGGCUUUCAAUAUAUGGGUAACGGCAACAGUACUUCAUUAUCGAAAGACCAAUGUGAAGGCUGAAUAA